AUUCGCAAGUUCAACCGAACUACGUCCGUAUUGGAUGGAGAAUUGGAACUGUUUCAUGAUCUGGACGACAAUUUUACAUUUACGCUGGGACUGUCGUACAGUGUACUAGGAAACAAUCAGUUCAUCAGUUCACCAUUCCGAAUUCCAAUGCAAAAAUUCUGCAGGUUUUCCAACACAACCUACAGAGACUAUCGGGAGUUCUAUCGGAACACCAUUAAUUUUCCCGAUGCUGGAACGUGUCCGUGGCCGGCACAGAUGUACUACAUCAAGAAUAAAGUCUUGGACGCCAAUUUAAUCAAUAAGUACUUUCGGCCAGGCCUAUGGAAGCUGGAUAUGUUGUUCUACAAAGUCAAAGAAAACUUUGCCAUGUUCGCCGCGGAGUUAUUUUUCAAGGUUGUACGAGGCGACCUGUCAUAA